AUGAACAGGCCGAUCCAGGUGAAACCAGCAGACAGCGAAAGCCGAGGAGAAGACAGAAAACUUUUUGUGGGCAUGCUCAACAAACAACAGUCAGAAGAUGACGUCCGUCGGUUAUUUGAAGCGUUCGGGAACAUCGAGGAAUGCACGAUACUUCGAGGACCGGAUGGCAACAGCAAAGGGUGCGCUUUUGUGAAAUACUCCUCACAUGCAGAAGCCCAGGCGGCCAUAAACGCUUUACACGGAAGCCAGACAAUGCCGGUGACACAAAGCCCCACCACGGCUGAUCCUUUGCAACAGGCAUACGCUGGAGUACAGCAAUACGCAGCUGCCUAUCCUGCUGCCUAUGGUCAGAUAGGCCAAGCCUUUCCACAGCCACCUCCCAUGAUACCACAGCAACAGAGAGAAGGACCAGAGGGCUGCAACCUGUUUAUCUACCAUCUGCCCCAGGAGUUUGGGGACGCAGAGCUGAUGCAGAUGUUCCUGCCAUUCGGCUUUGUGAGUUUUGACAAUCCUGCUAGCGCCCAAGCGGCCAUUCAGGCCAUGAAUGGAUUCCAGAUUGGGAUGAAGAGGCUGAAAGUCCAGCUGAAAAGGCCAAAGGAUGCUAACCGUCCUUAUUGA